AUGACGACGAUGGGAAUCAAUGGCUUCGGCCGAAUUGGGCGCCUGGUUUUUCGUGCAGCCGUAGAGAAUCAAAGUGUUACAAUGAUUGCUGUUAAUGAUCCCUUUAUGGACUUGGACUACAUGCAGUAUCUCUUGAAGUAUGACUCCGUCCACAAGAGGUUUAACGGCACCGUCACCACCAAGAAGGAGGGCACUGAGGAGUAUUUGGUCGUCAAUGGUUUAAAAGUGCGGGUCUUCCACGAGAAGGAUCCGGCUCAGAUCCCUUGGGGCAAAGUCGGAGCCAAGUACGUCUGUGAGUCGACCGGCGUGUUCUGCGACAAGGAGAAGGCGUCGAAGCACUUGAAGGGUGGAUGCAUGAAGGUCAUCAUCUCGGCUCCUCCCAAGGACAAUACCCCGAUGUUUGUGAUGGGUGUCAACCAAGAGAAGUACACCAAGGAUUUGGAGGUGGUCUCCAAUGCCUCUUGCACCACCAACUGCCUUGCUCCACUGGCAAAGGUGAUCAAUGACAGCUUUGGCAUUGCUGAGGGCCUCAUGACCACGGUGCAUGCGAUGACGGCCACGCAGCUCACAGUGGAUGGUCCAUCUCGUGGUGGAAAGGACUGGCGUGGUGGGCGCUGUGCUUCGGAGAACAUCAUUCCAUCUUCCACAGGAGCCGCCAAGGCAGUUGGCAAGGUCAUUCCGGCCAUGAAUGGCAAGCUGACGGGCAUGGCCUUCCGAGUACCGACUCCUGAUGUCUCGGUCGUGGAUUUGACCUGCCGCUUGGAGAAGCCAGCCACCAUGGAUGAGAUCACUGCGGCAAUCAAAAAAGCAGCUGAUGGCCCGAUGAAAGGCAUUUUGGGCUUCACUGAUCACGAGGUGGUGUCCACCGACUUUGUCACGUGUGCCUAUUCCUCGAUUUUUGACAAGACUGCCUGCAUCGCGCUCAACGACAAGUUCGUGAAGCUUGUGUCUUGGUAUGACAAUGAGUGGGGCUACUCCAACCGUUUGGUCGAUCUCGCAGUGCACAUGUCCCAGGUAGAUGGUGUCAUUCCACCUCCAGCCAAGAUUGAGAGCAUCAAGGCACGCGAGAUCUUUGAUUCGCGCGGAAACCCCACGGUCGAGGUCGACCUGGUCACGAACGACCAUUUGUUCCGCGCCGCCGUCCCGAGCGGAGCCUCCACGGGCAUCUACGAGGCCUUGGAGCUUCGAGAUGGAGACAGCAAGAGGUUACUUGGAAAAGGUGUGCUGAAGGCCGUCCAGAAUGUGAAUGAGAGAAUCGCACCAGCUCUCGUUGGCAUGGAUGUCACCAAGCAGAAGGAGAUUGACAAGAAGAUGGUAGAGCUGCUGGAUGGCACUCAGAAUGAUUGGGGUUGGUCCAAGUCCAGCCUCGGUGCCAAUGCGAUCCUGGCGGUCUCGAUGGCGGUGUGCCGCGCCGGGGCAGCUUCCAUGGAAAUGCCUUUAUACCAGUACUUGUCAUGCCUCUCUGGCAGACCCACUGAUAGCUAUGUCAUGCCAGUUCCGUCCUUCAAUGUCAUCAACGGUGGCAGCCAUGCUGGAAAUCGCUUGGCAUGCCAGGAAUUCAUGAUCCUCCCAGUGGGAGCCAAGUCCUUCAGAGAAGCGCUGUGCAUUGGUUGCGAGGUUUAUCACUCGUUGAAGAGCUGCAUCAAGAAGAAGUACGGACAGGAUGCCUGCAAUGUGGGCGAUGAGGGUGGAUUUGCGCCGUCAGUUCAGGACAACAACGAGGCGCUGGAUGUUCUCAUGGAUGCCAUUGAGAAGUCUGGACACAAAGACAAGGUGAAGAUUGGAACAGAUGUGGCUGCAUCUGAGUUCUACAAGGAUGGCAAGUAUGACUUGGACUUCAAGAACCCUGCUAGCAAGGCUGCUGAUUGGAAGACAGGAAGCCAGAUGGCAGAUUAUUAUCAGGCCUGGUUCGCCAAGUAUCCCUUCGUCUCGAUCGAGGACCCCUUUGACCAGGAUGACUGGGCAGCCUAUGCCGAGUUCAACAAGAAGUGUGGCAAGGAUGUCCAGAUUGUCGGUGAUGACUUGCUGGUCACCAACACAAAGCGUAUUGAAAAAGCUUUGGACGUUGGAGCAUGCAAUGCUUUGCUCCUGAAGGUGAAUCAAAUUGGAUCCAUCACAGAGGCCAUUGAUGCGGCCAACAUGUCGAUGCAGAAUGGCUGGGGAGUCAUGGUCUCCCAUCGCUCGGGAGAGACGGAGGACUCUUUCAUUGCCGAUCUUGUGGUAGGCCUUCGCACAGGUCAGAUCAAGACUGGCGCACCCUGCCGUAGCGAGCGUUUGGCGAAGUACAAUCAGCUCCUUCGGAUUGAGGAAGAGCUCGGCACCAAGGCUUUUCAAGAUGCCUUUGCUCGGCAUCAGAUUCUACAUGUGCAGUCGAAGAAGAGAUCGGGCGAUGGGAGGCGGAUUGGACUUGCGACGCUGCGGCGGCUCUAUGGGGCACAUCCAGCAGUUCUCCGUCGAGCUUUCAGUCUGGAGAGCCGUGGCACCUUGCCGCCGCACGAGGAUCCCCUCGAGCAGCUCCUGGGCGCUCCCAGGGCACCCGGAGGUUCAUGGUAUGCUUCCUGCGUUUUGCAGCGCAGUCGACGUGCGCUAAGCGAGUUUCUCUCCCAAGCCUUACCCAAAGGAGUUCCUCACUUCUUGCAGAGGUCUCCAAAGAGCCUCGCCUCUAGAUGCCGCCCUCCAACGCACUCAGCAGCUGCCUGGGUCUUCUUUGGCAGGAAUGCCAGAGGCCGUGUCUUACGUGGUCGCCCCGAACACACGGAUGCGAUUCAGCACAGCGGCACCUGGCACGUGCAGCUCAAGGGUCAGAAGGCGAAUGAUUCUGACCUUCGACUGAGGAACCUUGUGAAGUCUUUGCCGAUGAAAGACUGGGACUGCGAGUUUUUCAGGGAGAACAAACUUCUUCGCAGAGUUAAAGGAAGAAGAGAAUAUGGAGACAAAAACGCAAGCCAAGAAGAGUGGAAGUCUUUGAGGGACAUCCUGGAUGACCAGCCUAAGCAAGAGAAUCCCAGCGCCUCUCCAUACUAUGUUGGCCUCAAAGAUGUCCUUCAUGAUCCGGGAGACGUGGCUCACGAUCCACUUUUCAGCCAAACUUGGUCGCGACAGGUUCUCGAGUUGGUCCAGGAGCAUACCGCCACCCCAAGCUUCAUGAGCGAUGCGAACUUGGGGAUGCUGCAAAGCACCCCGGAGUUUUGGUUUUUACAAGCUGGAGCUGGUACUCAUGGUGCCAAAGCCCAUGUGGAUUCACAUUCAGAGUCCACCUGGAGUAUGCAGCUGUGUGGAACCAAGCGUUGGCGCUUGUCCCCCAUUGGUCAGAGGAAUGCUCCCCAUGUGAUGAAGAUCUAUCAGGAUGGGCAGAUCUAUGAACGAGCUGAACAAUCUUCCUGGAAUAUAUUCGAGGAAGUUCUACUGCAUCCGGGUGAUGCACUCUUCUUUGGCCCUGGCUUCAUCCAUGAAACUCUGAAACACGGAACUGCUCCUGCUGCCUCGGUCACGUGGCAGUUUGACAAACCUUUGCCCACCACCUUCCUUCGCAAAUUCCUGGUCCGUCUACGCUUCACACCAGAUCUCUUUGAGACGUGGCGGCAGAUGGAGCGCUUGAUGCGACGUGCCAAGAUGAGUGAUUGGCAGACGACGCAAGCAGACCUCGAUCUUCGAGAUAUUCUUGAUGUGAAUGGGGAUGGCAAAGCUACCCUGGAAGAAAAGACCAUGGUGCUGAACAUUUGGGAUUUGGUCAUCGAACGUGUUAGAUCUCAGGUGCCGAAGAAACUGCAAAGGCUCAAGCUGGGGAUGGGUCAAAUUGUGCAUGAUGAGCAAGACUUGCUGCACAUGCCCAGCAAGAUUCAAUCCGCCGUUCGAAGUUGGGAGAAGAAGGCGUUUGGCUUGGAUGAGGCCACGGCCACAGCCCAUUUACAUACCGAGUUCAAGUCUUGA